AUGAUUGGACCAGAGCCUGUUGAGAGAGAGCACUGGGGAAAAAAACUCGAAUUUCUUUUCGCUUGUAUCGGGUUCGCGGUGGGUUAUGGGAACUUCUGGCGAUUUCCUUACAUGUGCUUUAGAAAUGGUGGAGGUGCUUUUCUUAUCCCGUACGUUUGUUUUCUUCUCCUUGGGGGUAUUCCCUUGUUCUUCAUGGAACUCAGCAUUGGACAAAUUCUUCAGGCAGGGCCUAUUAAAGCGUGGGCAAAAAUCUCCCCUCUCUUUUCAGGUGUUGGCAUUGCCAUGGUGACCGUAUCAUUUUUAGUAUCUGUAUAUUACAACGUCAUCCUCGCUUGGAGUAUCUACUAUCUUUAUAACUCAUUUAAGCCUGACAUCCCCUGGGUUGGCUGUCACCAUACCUGGAAUACGGACAGCUGUUACGAAGUCGGCUCAAAAAGCAAUAUCACAAACACCACGAGGGUGUCUUCGAGCAGGGAAUUCUUCAUACACAAUGUUCUUGACAUGUCUGAAGGAAUUAACGAACCUGGCUAUAUGAACCUUAAAUUGGUAGCAUGUUUGUUUGUGGCCUGGGUACUGGUGUAUUUCUGCAUCUGGAAAGGCAUUCGUACAACUGGCAAGGUCGUUUACGUCACAGCUACGUUACCUUACGUGUUCUUGAUCAUUCUUUUCAUCCGGGCAUUGACACUACCCGGAUCUUCAAGCGGUAUGGUGUACUACGUGACACCGGUUUGGUCAAGACUCGCAGACCCGAAGGUUUGGAUCGAUGCAGCAUCACAAAUCCUUUAUUCGUUGACAAUCGGUUUUGGAGUUCUCAUAGGAUUUGCAAGCUACAACAAAAAAGAGAACAACGUUUAUAAGGAUGCUUUGGUUAUCUCCCUCGUCAACUGCUGCACCAGCCUGUUUGCGGGCUUUGUUGUGUUCGCCGUAGUGGGCCACAUGGCAUAUAUCCAGGGGAGCACCCCAGCGGAAGUGGCCUCUCAAGGUCCAGGUCUGGUGUUUAUUGUCUACCCAGCCACUUUAGCAGAACUUCCCGCACCACAGAUCUGGUCUGUGAUCUUCUUUCUCAUGCUUAUAACCCUUGGUCUCGAUAGUCAGUUUGGACAAGUAGAAGUAGUAGCAGCCGCCAUCAUUGACCAAUACCCCGAGAUACUACAUAGAUACAGGGAAGCCGUUGUAUUGGCCGUGUGCCUGAUCAUGUUUGUUUUGGGUUUACCCUGUGUGACACAGGGAGGUAUAUACGUGUUCAACUUGCUUGAUUCGUUUUCUGCUGGAAUUUCGUUACUAUUUUUGGUAAUAUUUGAGUUGAUGGUUGUCGGCUGGAUUUAUGGAGCGCAAAACUUCGCAGAGAAAAUCGCGAGAACUAUUGGGUACCCUGUGUCCAAGUGGUGGGUGAUCUGUUGGAAGUUUGUCUCGCCUGUGAUGGUGAUUGGAAUCUUCCUGUUCAGUGUCAUCAAGUAUCAGCCCCUGACAUACGAGGAAAGACCAUACCCUAAAUGGGCUGAGGGCCUGGGUUGGAUCAUAGCCUGUGCCUCUAUGUUGUGUGUACCCAUCACCGCUAUCAAAGUGCUCUGUAAUGCUGAAGGCUCUUCUUUAGAGAGACUUCAAAGCACAACCUUCACAGAAGGUGUUGUUCUUGAAAAGAUGGAAAGUAACAAAGGAAAUAAGAUGAUUGGCUGA